UUUUGAGAUAAAAAGAGAGCAAACCCAAAGGUCUGAGACCGCAGUACACUCUUAGCAGACUUCAGUUUUCAGUCAAUGGCUUCUCACGAUCACGACCACCGUCACCACGAUCACGACCAUCACCACCAUACCCACGAGAAAUCUCAGGAAGACUCGACAACAUCAUGGGUUGGUCCUGAUGGGAGAAUCUACCAUAGCCACGAUGGACUCGCGCCACACUCGCACGAACCCAUUUACUCGCCUGGCUACUUCAGCAGAAGAGCUCCACCACUUCUCACCAGGAAUUUCGAUGAGAGAGCUUUUACUGUUGGUAUUGGGGGUCCUGUCGGUACUGGGUAUCUCAUCUUUCUCUAUUUUACAGUAAAUUCUUUAUCAACUCCACCAUUUUUUAUAAAAAUAUUCGGAUUUGCUAUUUAUUCUAUUGAAAUUUUAGAGUUGAAUUCUCUUCAGGUGACAAAUGACAUAUUCACCAAAGAAGAUGGUGAGUUCUUGGUGAAGAAUGGAGCACUUCCGGAGGAACGGAUACGGGCAGUGGAGACAGGUGGCUGUCCACAUGCUGCAAUCCGUGAAGAUAUUAGUAUUAAUCUUGGCCCGCUCGAAGAGCUUUCUAACUUGUAUAAGACAGAUAUUCUUCUUUGUGAAUCUGGGGGAGAUAACCUAGCUGCUAACUUCAGCAGAGAACUGGCUGAUUAUAUAAUCUAUAUAAUCGAUGUAUCUGCUGGUGACAAAAUUCCUCGGAAAGGCGGCCCAGGCAUUACUCAAGCUGAUCUUUUAGUAAUUAAUAAGACUGAUCUCGCACCAGCAGUUGGUGCGGACUUGUCUGUCAUGGAGCGUGAUGCACUUAGGAUGCGCGAUGGAGGGCCAUUUGUCUUUGCCCAGGUGAAGCAUGGGGUUGGAGUGGAGGAUAUUGUGAACCACAUUUUGCAGGCUUGGGAAGUAGCAACAGGCAAGAAGCAGCAUUGACGUUCGAAUGAGAUACUACAGUCUGGUUCGAUUUAAUGCUGUGUUUACAAAAUGAGGGAACGAAAAUUCCCUUUUCAGAACGAUGAAAGAUUGAACUCUUCUGCUGUGUUUCGAUUCGGAUUCCACUUAAUUUCUAAGUAAUUUCUUGUGUUCUUGUUCU